GAUUGAUGAGCGGCUAGAUUAACAGACAGAUGGAUGGAUGGCUUCUCUAAUCUCUAUAUCCCUCCUAACCUAUGUUGGGUGGGAUGAAAUUCCGAUAAAUAUACAUCCGGCUUGACUUGAGACACAUUUUAUAUAACAGUGACUAAACAAAUAACCUAUUUUGAUUGGAUUUGUUCUCACCUUGGCAACCAUAACAGAAUAUUGUGGAGAAUCGAGAUCCUAUGUUAUAGAUCAAUAUUAAUUAAGUAAUAGGGGCUUAUAAAGCAUGAUGUAAGACAGUUUACAAUAGAUUAUGCCGCUUGGAAAUGAAUUCUUUUAAAAGUCACUACAGAUAAGACAUGCCUUUGAGUUAAAAAUAAUUUUAUAGUUUUUGCAUGUUAUGUAAUCAGAAAUAAAUCAUUCAACAUGGGAAAAAUAACACAAAGUUUGGUCAAAAUCAUUUUCACAACAAUUUGUAUUUCAAUAACAGAGUGCUCAAGUUCUACUUAUAUAGGAAAACUGUUCAACAUAGCAAAAAAUGAGGAAUUCAUACCUGACAACAUAAUACCAGAAGUUGGACAUUUAAGAAACAUCGUAACUUCUUCAGUUAUGGACUGUAAUGAAGAAUGUGUUAAACAUUCAAAAUGCACUCAAACAAAUGUUGAACAACUGACGGCAACAACAUGGAAUUGUGAUUUGUUUGGUUUGGGAAGAGGGGCUAAAAUAAGCAGUCCAGGCCAUCUUCAUUAUUUCGUGCCAAUGAGUGAAUGUCCAGGGGUUUUUCUCACAACCAUCCACAGUGGCUCAUCAUACUGUAUCAGCCAUGAAACUUUGACUUGGACAGAUGCAGAGAUGAAAUGCCUUGAAUAUGGCGCAACUCUCGCCACCAUAGAGGAUUCAAGUGAACAAGCAGACUUGGUGGCCUACUUACUGAAUAAUGCCCAGCCAAGUAUGAGUUACAAUAUUGGCCUUAGUGACAGAGCAGAGCCAGAGGUCUGGGUGUGGUCGGGAACAGGAACAACAGCAACAUAUUUCAGUUGGGGUGGCGCUGACCCUCAGGUUGCAAACAAUGAACGUUGUGUUACUAUGUGCUCUCAUCGUAGUUACAAAUGGUGUGACGUGCAGUGUUCAUCUUUAUUAGGUUAUAUUUGUGAACGCUAAACAGCUUAAGAGAUGACCAUGAUGAAAGUUUCAAAUGGUGUGACAUGGUAGAUGUGACAUAAGUUCAGAUUUAUGUGUGCACAUGUAACAGAAGGCAUAUGCUGAAAAAGUUCAAGAUUGCUUUGGGAUGUGUAAUAUGAAUUACAAUUGAUGUGACACAAUGUAUAUUUAAGGGUCUUAUUUGUGAACAAAAUGACAGCAAUAUAAUAGACCACCAGAAAUAUAAA